AUGGAAAGAGAGCCACCGACUGGUGUCGACGUCCUUGUAGUAGGAGGCGGUAUCGGUGGUCUCACUUGCGCCAUCGAAGCCUAUCGCAAAGGGCACAAUGUACGAAUUCUUGAACGAAACCAAGAAGGCCAGUACUCUGGCGAAGUAAUCAUGAUAACCACUUCUGCACUCGAAACUCCCAAGAAGUGGCCCAGCUUUAUGGAACGUGCCAGGGCUAUUGGACUACCACCGGACUUCGAACUGCGCAAAUACGACGGCACAUUCAUUCAGCAUCAUGCCCCUGGCCACUCAAAGAAUCCUUCGCUGGGCAUCUACCGAAAGAAACUUCACAACCUGCUUAAUACCUAUGUCAAAGAGCUCGGUAUCCCCAUAACCUACGAGUGCAGAGUAGGUGCAUAUUUUGAAACGAACCAAACGGGCGGCGUUAUCCUUGACAAUGGCGAAAGAAUAAUCGCAGAUGUUGUUGUAGCUGCAGACGGCGUCGGCUCCAAAUCUCGUGAGAUCAUUGAUGGAAAUAAAGAUAAACCGAUUAGCUCUGGUUUCGUUGUUUACCGGAGUUCUUUUCCUGCCGGACCAGCGAUUGAAAAGUCUCCCCUUCUUGCGAAAGCGUUUGCUGGCUAUGAAAACCGCGGUUUCAUGUACAUUGGCCCAGGCGCACAUGUAGUGUUUGGACUCAAUCAGGACGAGUUGUGGUAUCUUCUGACAACCAAGGACGAAAAAGGUACGGCAACAGAGAGCUGGUCGAAAACUACUUCCACAGAUAAGAGUCUCCAGGUUGUCAAAGAUUGGGACCCCCUUGUGGCCGAGCUCAUCAGGGCAACUCCGAACAAUCAAUGUCUCGAUUGGAAGCUUAUGUGGCGUGACCCACAGCCGCAGUGGGUCUCGAAAGGCGGUCGUGUUGUUCAACUUGGCGAUGCGGCACAUCCAUUCUUGCCCACGUCAUUCAGUGGCGGCACAAUGGCGAUGGAGGAUGCUUACUCACUAGCAGCCUGUCUGCAGAUCAGUGGGAAGAAGAAUGUUGCGAUUGCGACAAAGGUUCAUAAUAAGCUGAGGUUCGAGCGAGUAUCGUGCGCACAGAAAAUGGGCUUCAAGAACCGGGAAGUCUUCCAUAACACCGACUGGAAGGACGAGAAAGCAGCGCCAAAGAAGGAGGAGCAGAUGGUUGGGAAUUGGUUGAUCUACCAUAACCCUGAGCAGUACGCUUAUGAUAAGUAUCAUGAAUGUGCUGAGCACUUACUCACGGGCACCGAGUUCGGGAAUACGAACCUACCACCGGGGUACAAGUACAAACCGUGGACUGUACGCGAGCUUCUGGAAGCUUCAGAACGUGGUGAAGUGGUUGGAGAUGAAGGCGACUGGUCUUAG